GGGGCUCCGUCCCGGCCUGUUGUGGGGCCGAGCGCGGGCGGGAGCGAGGAUGUCUGAGUCAGAGCUGCAUCCUCGGAGGAAUAAACGCCAAAACUCCCUCCUCGGCCGCUCUCACACCCCCAGCCUCCGGCUUCUUCCUCACGACCGUCGAUGCUGUCAGCAUACGUGUUCUUUAUGAAUCUCUUAACAGCACAUUUUCGGCCUAGACUGCGCGAAAAGCCGGGCAGACCUGCCGGAUCUCACACACGCAGAAGAACUACCUGAGGGGCGGGGAAGAGGGGAGCGAGAAAGGAGCGGGAGUUUUGGCAGACCUGCUCAGGAGGUUUUGACUGAAACUCUCAGUAAGACACUCGAGGCUGAGAACCUUCCCCGAAGCGUUUAGGACUCAAAGGGAAUGAGACAAGCAGCGAACGAGCCGCGUUUGCCCUUUAGGGAGGAUGCGCGGGGAGCAGGAAUGGCGCGCUUCCAUCCCAGACCAGCGGGCGCUGCCAAAGCCAGGAGCUCGCUCAGCCUUUCAGGGCAGGCACAGCCCCAGCCAUUCGGCGCUUGGCUGGGGCUGCUCGCUCGGGUUCUGCCUGUUGUUGCGCGAAAUGGCGGCUGGCGUCUUGUGCCGGGGCUGUGCCGAGAGGAGCGGGAAGCGAGCGAGAGGGGAGCAACUGGUGCCUGCCUUUGUAACUGCGUCAGUACAAGAUGGCGCAGGGUGUCCCUGGAGAGGGAAGGGAGUUGCACGUCCGCCGGAGGUCAUGUGACCGCGUUGCAUUCCUGUGGGGUUUGGCUGCGGACCAAGCUGGCUGAGGCGGCGGCGGCUGCCCGGGAGAGCCCGGGCUUCCCUCCCCCUCCUCCCGCACAGCGGCGUCGGGCCCGCGCUGGUUCCCUUCCCCCAUCAGCCUUAUGCACGAGGGUGUAGCUGCUGCCGAGGAAGGUUCUCGCUUCUCCUUACUCUCCACCCACCUCCAGGGUGUAGCUGCUCUUGGGGGAAGCUUUCCAUUCCGCCCCCUCUCUGCGCAAGGCUUUUACCCACCUCCAGGGAAAGUUCCCCUGCGCCUGGCGGCUCCGCCCGAGCGUGGGAGCCGGGUGCGCUCACGGCAGUGCCGCCCGCCCGGUGCGAAGGCACUUUGCUUUGAGUUAAGUUCCAGCGGGUUACGGAGUGGUUCUUGCUGGAACAGUCGUUUUAAGCGAUGUCUAAAUGACCUCAUUAAAGCCGCUGAGGAAAAUGCA